GUUAAAGGUUUUUGAAAUUUGUUUUGAUUCAACUCUGAAAAAAAAAUGCAAUCAUGAUGUCCCGAAAACAGAAUAUUUGUUCUUUGCUCAGAGUGUAUCGGUCAGCGGUAUCCCAAUAUAGAGUAAACGUGUUGUAAAGGAUCUGUUCUUGUUUUGGUUCUAAAUCUCAGUUUUAAAUGUUUGUAAAGUAAGGACUUCCGUGGAUUCGCGCGUAUGGAUGUUGGAUACACAGCUGACAAAUCAAGUUUUUGUGCUGAAAAAUGAUUAAUACAGUUCCAUUAAUUCUGUUGCCAUGGCUAACAUGGAAAGUGAUUCUGACUUGGAUUACACCCAAAGGAAGAAAUUCCGCAGGCGUAUUGUAAAUGAUGAUAGUACAAGUGAUGAUUAUGAUGAUGACAGUGAUGACAACAAUAAAUUGACACCUGCUAAUACUUCUCGGGGUAAGAGAAAGGCCCACAUUGCCUUUGAAAGUGAUGAAGAAGAGAGUUCAGAAGAAUUUGAUGUGGAUGAUGUUGGAUCUGAUGAUGAUGAUGAUGAAGUCCCAGAUGUAAACAUUUCUGACAAUGAUGAUGCAACAAUGUCCAACUCUGCACAAUGUCCUGUCUGUCUGAUGUCUUUGAGUGAGCAAAAGCUUGGUACACCAAACAGUUGUAUGCAUGUGUUCUGCUUGGAGUGUAUAUUAGAAUGGUCCAAGAAUGCUGUGACAUGCCCAGUAGACAGGAAGGAAUUCUCAGAGAUUAUUGUUCAUUCAACAAAGAAAGGCCCUAUCCUACACAGGAUUCCUGUGGAGAAGGUUAUUGAAGAAGAAGAAUGGGAAGAUGAACCUACCUAUUGUGAGGUUUGUCAUGAUUGUGAUAGAGAAGACAGGCUGUUGCUUUGUGAUGACUGUGACAAAGGAUAUCACAUGGAAUGUUUGACAUCCCCUCUCGAGUUCGUACCAAUAGAGGAGUGGUUUUGUCCUAUCUGCAGACCGCAUGGCACUGAGGAGAGUGGUGAUGAGGAAGGAAGGAGGAGAGGAUUGAGGACUCGUCCUAGUCCAUCCACAGCAAGCAGUGCUAAUGAGACUAAUGAAUCUGGUAGGACGACCCAUGCACGCACAGCAGCCUCGGCCCGAGGACGAGGCAAUCGACGGGGAAGGACUGGGACAAGAUCAUCAACUCGCGGCCGGUCACGCUCAACUGCUACCAGCAGAGGGAGGACUAGGACUCGGACAUCAACACGAGGACGUUCUCACACUUCAAGCCGCGAAGGGACUAGGUCUAGGUCGACACGUGGUCGCAAGACUAAAUCUAAAAAUAGGAGGACGAAGUCUAGCUCAAAGCGCAAACCGAGAAAAAAACGACGCACAAAGAAGUCUUCCACGAGACGAGUUAAAAGAGCUCGAUUUGAAGAGGAUUCAUACGUGAACCCCUUUGAAGGACCUGCUAGACGGGGGCGCACUGUGAAAGAGAGACUUAAUGAAGGUCUUAGGGGCUCUGGCAGCGGUACGGAUAUGGGGCGGAUUGUUUCCAACUGUCCAUUUCCAAGUAGACUGGAGCCCACAUUGAGUUUUUCCCUUUUCGGCAACUCCUACUCACUGGAAGUGAGUGACAGUUAUGACGAUAGGAUCGCCGAUGGGGAUACUGUAAAUACCGGCUGUUUUCAGAGCGGAGAGUCAUCAGAUGUUCUGGGCUCAAUCCUUGACGGAAUAGAAGUCCUCAACGAUAAACACGUAACCAUAUCACGUGACGGCCGCGUGGUCAAAUUGAACUCACAUGAUCUUAAAUCGUCACGCAGUUCUGAAAACUCAGAAAGACGGCUGUUAGACAGGGACUCAGACAUCAUUCGAACUUUGGAGCGAAAGCGAGUUGUUUCACGGGACCCGACCAAGGUAAAAGCUCUUGAAAUCCUGGCUGCUGAAAGAGCAAAAAGGCGAACAGCUUUCUUACAAAAUGAUAACAUUGAUUUUUACGAAUGCAACGAUCGCCUCGAUUGUAAAAAGAUGAAGACAGAAGUUCGCGUUCGCGAUUCCCCUGAAGACGAUGAUUAUUCAUUUGCGCAUGCGCAUCGUUUUGAAAGGCGUUCUGUACAAUCCAGUAGAGGUACCCAUCGUGAAAAAACAAAACCCCGGCCUCCCUUGACGUUUAAAAGUCGCUUUAGAAUCCCUAAAAAGAACUCAAGUCUGCAAAGUGCAACCGUUAAGGAAAAGGAUUCUUCAAAAUUACUCAGUUCCGCAACAGCAAAUUUAAAAGACCAUUCAUCAUCGAGCUCUGAAAAAAAGGAACUUACUAAAAACCAAUCGAACUCUAUAACAAAGAAUUCUGCGAUAAAGACACUCACAACAGAUUCAUCAAACCCUGGAACAAAAGUUAACGCAAUGAGUGGAUCAGUACCAAGCUUUCGAACAAUUACUGAUAACGGCAAAUCAGUGUUGAAAGCCGGAGUCAGUAUUCCGAAGCCAGAACCCAUUGAAAGGUCAAUGUCCUAUCUAGAAGUAGAGAAAGAAAAGACUGACUCUACCGAACAUCGGAAGAAAUUAGGCGCGCUCCCUAAAACAAUAACACAUACCAAGAACCAAUCACCAUCGUUCUCUGGAACAAUAACACAUACCAAGAACCAAUCACCAUCGUUCUCUGGAACAAUAACACAUACCAAGAACCAAUCACCAUCGUUCUCUGGAACAAUAACACAUACCAAGAACCAAUCAGCGCUAGGCCCUGGAAUAAUAACUUAUGACAAGAGCACCGGAGCUACAGGCUCAACGCCAAAACACCUGGCGAGAUUAAAGAGCGAUGUUAAAGUUAAACAAGAAAAACAUGAUCGUGAGGGAAAUAAUGAAAGCAGUCAACCCAGACAAACUUGUAGCUCAAGUCCAGCCAGAAGCAGUGAAAGCAAAACUAUCGUCGGAAGUAAUAAUUUUGAUGUCGAGCCUUCCGAAGUCGCGAAAACUUGUAAGGUGAAGACAGAAAGCGUGACUGAAUUGCUAGGUUCACGUGAUCAGCAUAGUAAUAACUUGGCCAUCAUCGAAAUGCUGCGCAACAGAACGUGUCACAUGCGAGCUUUAAUCAAUCCACCCCCUCUGCCACCGCUACCAAAUGUUCGCCAUCCGAGCUCCGCACCCAGGAAUAAAGAAGUCCAACAAUCUCCUAAGCCACGUGGUCACCCUGAAACUCAGGUACCCCAACAGCCCAACAUCCUUCCACCUCUGAAUUCCUACAGAGCCCAAUCACAUGCAUCCAGUACACCCCUGCCGGUUGCUGUGGUCCUCCCCACGUCUUCUAGCUCACAAGGGGUCCAAGAUAGUGCAGGCUGCAGCCAGAAUUCUGCUGAUACGCAGGAAAAGAGAGACGAGAGCCGGAAAAAGGGCAUUGCACGACUACACUUCCAUAAGCAAGUCGUUGACGAGGUACGAUCCGCCCUAAGGCCUUUCUUGAGGCAUAAAGAGAUAAGCAAAGACGAGUACAAGAACAUCUUCAAGCGAGCUGUUGACAAGAUUAAGGAGUCCAACCAUCAAGUCGAUCGCGGGCGCGUCGCUUCACUUAUCAAGAAAUACGUCAAGAAGAUUAAGGGACAGCGGUGUCAGCCCUCCAACUAGAAUAGCCAAUAAGAAUGUGAAUUUGAUAAGCCAAUAUUUGAUAAGCGUCAUUCUUGGAACUUGCAAGAAAGUUUUUGUCACAUUUUGACAGAGCAAAAGCGGCACGAGGUCUAAUGAGUAAUAAUGACACAGCCAAGAACACUAGUCAGGAAAAAGAAAUAUUAUAAGCAGUUUAAAUACGAAGAUUCCAUAUAUUAUUUGUAUUUAUUGAUCAAUAAGAGAGAUGAAAAGGGCAAGUAUUUCAAUUGUUGUUGUUUGUACAAGUUUGCAAUGUUCAUGUUCAAAAUAAAGGAAAGUAUUUUCAAAACA